AUGUCUGACAUGGAAAUGAUCAAAUGGCGCCGGGCGGAUCCACCCCCAUUUUGCCGUCUCUCGCGCUGCGGGGAAAGCUCCGUAUCUGAUUCAUCCCCUCCGCACCUUCUCCUCAUCACAUCUCUCUCUCUCUCCUUCACUCGGUUCCUCCUCAGCUGGCGCUGUUUCUGCGCCAUGCAGCGACGGCCUCUUCAGCGUCAGUUCCUCGUAUCUUGGGCGCGUCAUGAGGCUGUCCGACCGGUUCGUCAUGGCCGAUGUCGGCUGAGCCCAGCGUCCAUACAUUAUUCACGCACGCUCUCCAGCACCUCCUCCACCUUCCCAACCUUAUCUCAAUUUCAUCGUUCCGAUUUCACCACACAGCCUUUUACGGGCAGCUAUGAGACCGGGCUGCCGACUACGGGUCCUCUGGGAUCUACGCCAGCCUUUGGCGUCCCGCGCAUCACUCCGAAAGUGCUCAAGCAGUAUCUAGACCAAUAUGUUGUCGGUCAAGAUCGCGCGAAGAAGAUUCUCAGUGUAGCGGUUUUCAACCACUAUCAGAGAGUACAGGAGAUUCAGCGCCGAGAAUUGGAGGCGGAAGAGCUACUGGCCAAACGGCAACGGAGAGAGGCACUGGAGGGCCAUCCCUUGGAAGAUGAGUUUCCUGGCCAGCAACGGACUGUCGGUCUCGCCAACAGCCAGAAAGCACGCCCCAGCAGCUUGGUGGAAGAGGCCACCCUGGUCGACACCUCUCCACUACAACUGGACAAGUCUAAUAUUCUCCUUCUGGGACCCUCGGGAGUAGGCAAGACACUCAUGGCGAAGACACUCGCCCGCGUGCUAUCCGUGCCUUUCAGCAUCUCAGACUGUACUCCAUUCACACAGGCGGGAUACAUUGGCGAGGAUGCCGAAACGUGCGUGCACCGACUCCUGGCCGCAGCAAACUAUGAUGUGGAACAAGCCGAGAGAGGCAUCAUUGUGCUCGAUGAGGUAGACAAAAUUGCGGCAACCAAAGUAAGCCAUGGCAAAGAUGUGGGCGGAGAGGGCGUCCAGCAGGCUCUCCUCAAAAUCAUCGAGGGCACAACUGUACAGGUCCAGGCAAAGCCGGAGAAAAACCCACGUUCAAGCAGCCCUCCCAACUCUUAUCCAUCAAAUAGCCCGCUGGGCACGACGCCGUUCCAGCCGCAUAACCCCACUCCCGCGGCCAAGGGCGAGGUCUAUAAUGUGCGAACUGACAAUAUCCUCUUCAUAUUUUCUGGCGCGUUCGUCGGACUUCACAAGGUAGUGAUGGAUCGAAUCUCACGGGGGUCCAUAGGAUUUGGUCAGCCAGUGCGCGGGUCAUCACUAUCCACUGGACUUCCGGGGACAUCGAGCGCAACACCCGAUGAGCCUCAACCCAUUCUCCCGGGGUCCGAGGAAGAGGCAUUGUACAAAAGACACCUGCCCUUUUACACCUCCGCCUCAUCAAAUGCACCUGGUAGUGAGCCCACAUAUUUCAACCCUCUUGACCUCCUUACGCCCGCAGACCUACAGAGCUACGGAUUCAUCCCAGAGCUCAUUGGUAGGAUCCCUGUCAACGCGGCCCUUUCGACACUGACCCAACCUCUACUACUACGAAUUCUUACGGAGCCUCGGAACUCUCUCAUAGCGCAAUAUACAACCCUCUUUUCUUUAUCGGGUAUCGAGCUGCGAUUCACAACGCCAGCGCUGCAUAGAAUCGCGGCCAACGCCUUCAAAAUGGGCACCGGGGCGCGUGCGCUUCGAACGGAGAUGGAAACCAUCCUAAGCGAUGCGAUGUUUGAGGCGCCCGGCUCCAGCGUCAAAUUCGUUCUCGUGACCGAGGCAGUGGCUGACCGCAAAGAGCAACCAGUCUAUCUGGCUCGCGGACAAGGUGGCAGGUUCCACGCUAUGAUUUCGGCCGAGGAAAGCGAGUGGGAAGAAAAAACGAGCCGUGUGAAGAAGAAAGAGAAAAAGGUCAAGGGUUCAACAGGAGGCGACGACGACCACCACGCUGCCAACUUUCAGGAAUAUCGGAAGCGGGCAAUAGGAUAA